AUCUAAUUUUAAACCAAAAAAAAUCACUCAACUUUAGUCGGUAUUUAAUAUACUCACUCUUCCCCCAAAACACACACUUCCAAUUUCCAAACCCUCGGUCUUGGAGCAGUCAAAAACCAACAGAUCCUUGCGUUCUUCUUCUUCUUCAAUGGCGAAACCCUCGAAACAGCGCUCUUCAUCUAACGACGCUUCCAAUUCUUCGGAAGAAGAAGAGCAAGUUAACGACCAGAUCGAUGAAGAAGACGAUGAAGAGCUCGAGGCUGUUGCCAGACCCGUUGAGUCCGAUGAAGAGGAGGCGGACGAUGACACUCCCGGCGAUGAAGACGGCGAAGAGGAGUUUGAGGAUGGAAACACUGGGGGUACUGAACUUUCUAAGCGCGAAAGGGCUAGGUUGAAAGAAAUGCAGAAGCUAAAGAAGCAGAAGAUUCAGGAAAUUUUGGACAAACAGAAUGCUGCAGUUGAUGCUGAUAUGAACAACAAAGGGAAAGGGCGUUUGAAGUAUCUUCUACAGCAGACAGAGAUAUUUGCCCAUUUUGCUAAGGGUGACCAUUCUGCCUCACAGAAGGUUAAGGGAAGGGGCCGCCAUGCAUCGAAGAUUACUGAAGAAGAGGAAGAUGAGGAAUAUCUCAAGGAGGAAGAAACCGGGCCUUCUAAUACAAGACUGCUCACACAGCCUUCUUGUAUUCAGGGAAAGAUGAGGGAUUAUCAACUUGCUGGAUUGAACUGGCUUAUACGGCUGUAUGAGAAUGGUAUAAAUGGAAUCCUUGCUGAUGAAAUGGGUCUCGGUAAAACUUUGCAAACUAUCUCUUUGUUGGGUUAUCUUCAUGAAUUCAGAGGAAUUACUGGGCCUCACAUGGUUGUUGCUCCAAAAUCAACCCUUGGCAAUUGGAUGAAUGAAAUAAAACGGUUUUGUCCGACUUUGCGUGCUGUAAAAUUUCUUGGAAAUCCUGAGGAAAGGAGACAUAUACGUGAGGAUUUAUUGGUUGCUGGAAAAUUUGAUGUCUGUGUCACUAGUUUUGAAAUGGCUAUCAAAGAGAAAACUUCUUUACGUCGUUUUAGUUGGCGAUAUAUAAUCAUCGAUGAAGCACAUAGAAUCAAAAACGAAAAUUCUUUGCUUUCAAAAACAAUGAGGCUCUUUAGUACCAACUACCGUUUGCUCAUCACUGGAACUCCACUUCAGAACAAUCUCCAUGAAUUGUGGUCGCUUCUCAACUUCUUAUUGCCAGAGAUUUUUAGCUCAGCAGAAACAUUUGAUGAGUGGUUUCAGAUAUCUGGGGAAAAUGACCAGCAGGAGGUCGUUCAACAACUUCAUAAAGUCCUCCGACCCUUUCUUCUCCGGAGGCUGAAAUCAGAUGUUGAGAAAGGUUUACCCCCCAAAAAGGAAACUAUUCUCAAAGUGGGAAUGUCUCAAAUGCAAAAACAGUACUAUAGAGCUUUACUGCAGAAGGAUCUUGAAGUUGUUAAUGCUGGCGGAGAGCGCAAGCGCCUUCUUAACAUUGCAAUGCAGCUGCGAAAAUGCUGUAAUCACCCAUAUCUGUUCCAAGGUGCUGAACCUGGUCCACCCUACACCACAGGAGAUCAUUUGGUUACUAAUGCUGGGAAAAUGGUUUUGCUUGAUAAGUUGCUUCCAAAACUCAAGGAGCGUGGCUCUAGGGUUUUAAUAUUUUCACAGAUGACAAGGCUGCUCGAUAUUUUGGAGGACUAUCUUAUGUUUCGUGGUCACCUAUAUUGUCGGAUUGAUGGUAACACCGGUGGAGAUGAUCGUGACGCUUCGAUUGAAGCUUUUAACAAGCCAGGAAGUGAAAAGUUUGUCUUCUUACUGUCAACACGAGCUGGUGGUCUUGGCAUCAAUCUUGCUACUGCAGAUAUCGUCAUUCUUUAUGACAGUGACUGGAACCCACAAGUUGAUUUGCAAGCACAGGACAGAGCCCAUAGGAUUGGUCAGAAGAAGGAGGUUCAAGUAUUUCGUUUCUGCACAGAGUAUACUAUUGAGGAAAAGGUGAUUGAAAGAGCUUAUAAGAAACUUGCGCUUGAUGCUUUGGUUAUUCAACAAGGACGACUAGCUGAGCAAAAGACUGUUAACAAGGAUGAGUUGCUCCAAAUGGUGAGAUUUGGUGCCGAAAUGGUUUUUAGCUCUGGGGAUAGCACAAUUACGGAUGAAGAUAUAGAUCGAAUUAUUGCCAAGGGAGAAGAAGCAACUGCUGAGCUUGAUGCAAAAAUGAAAAAAUUCACAGAGGAUGCCAUUAAAUUUAAGAUGGAUGACACGGCCGAUUUGUAUGACUUUGAGGAUGAAAAGGAUGAGAACAAGGUCGACUUCAAGAAACUCGCGAGUGACAACUGGAUUGAACCACCAAAACGGGAGAGAAAGCGCAAUUAUUCAGAAUCAGAAUAUUUUAAACAAACCAUGCGCCAAAGUGGUCCUGCUAGGCCUAAGGAGCCUCGUAUACCUCGCAUGCCUCAGCUGCAUGACUUCCAGUUUUUCAACACUCAAAGGCUUAAUGAACUGUAUGAGAAGGAAGUGCGCAAUCAGAUGCAAACACAUCAAAAAAAUCAGAUGAAAGAUUCCAUUGAAGUGGAUGAACCAGAUGAAAUGACAGAUCCUCCCUUGACUGCUGAAGAACAAGAAGAAAAGGAGCGCUUGUUGGAGGAGGGUUUCUCUACGUGGACGAGAAGAGAUUUCAAUUCUUUCAUCAGGGCUUGUGAGAAGUUUGGUAGGAAUGACAUAAAGAGCAUUGCUGCAGAGAUGGAAGGGAAAACUUUUGAGGAAGUUGAAAGAUAUGCUAAAGCUUUCAAGGAGAGAUACAAGGAGUUAAAUGAUUAUGACAGGAUAAUCAAGAAUAUUGAACGCGGAGAAGCUAGAAUAUCCAGGAAAGAUGAGAUUAUGAAAGCAAUUGGGAAGAAGCUGGAUCGCUACAAGAAUCCAUGGUUGGAACUGAAGAUCCAGUAUGGCCAGAACAAAGGGAAGCUGUACAAUGAAGAAUGUGAUCGCUUCAUGAUUUGCAUGGUUCACAAACUCGGAUAUGGGAAUUGGGACGAAUUGAAGGCUGCUUUCCGGACAUCUCCAUUGUUCCGGUUCGACUGGUUUGUUAAGUCUCGGACCACUCAAGAACUUGCAAGGAGAUGCGACACGCUUAUUCGUCUGGUUGAGAGAGAAAACCAGGAGUACGAUGAGAGGGAGAGGCAAGCACGUAAAGAGAAGAAGCUUGCAAAGAAUGCUACACCCUCUAAGCGUGGUACAUCUCGUCAGCAAGCUGAAAGCCCCACUUCCUCCUUGAAGAAAAGGAAGCAGCUAACAAUGGACGACUAUGCUGCUGCGUCGGGGAAGAGGAGGAAAUAAUUUAAUGGUUGAGCCAAUUUUUUGCCCCCAAUUAUUUGGCUAUUGUCUUGUAAGAGGAGCACGGCAGAUAUGCUCUGGGCUCUGAUGUAGUAGUAACACACCCUUGACAGUAGCUGCCCUUUUUGCGGUGGGGGUGGUUCUAUCUUAAGGGCUAACGGUUACAUUGUAUAGUUAUAUAGCUGAGAACCAUCCUUAAUGUAGUAUCACUCAUUUGAGUAGAUGUUAAUCAGACUUCUAACUGCAAUGAAAGGUUCUCAUCGGUCGUGA